AUGUAUGGACUUACUGCACAUCUGUUGGAUGCAACAAAUGCUUUUGUGGGUUCCAAGCUAGAUAAGCAAAUCUAUAUGGAAGUUCCAAAAGGUUUACCAAAAAGCCUACAGCUAGGAAAGGAUGAAGUAUGCGAAUUACUUCAAUCUCUGUAUGGGCUUCGACAAUCUGCAAACCUUUGGUGCCAUAAAGUCAAGGAAUUUAUUACUUCGAUUAGAUUCAAGCCAUCAACUGCGGAUCCUGGUAUUUUUAUUAAUGAACGAGGAAUGAUUAUUGCUUUAUAUAUAGAUGAUAUCCUGGUUUUCAGCAAGGAUGAGAAAGCAAUUAGAUUGACCAAGAAAAAGCUUAAAGAAUUCCAUCCAAUGAAGGAUUCUGGACGAGUCAACAAGAUCCUAGGAAUCCGGAUUAUAUGGUUAGAUGGAUCUAUUCGUCUUGAUCAAGAAUUCUAUACCUUACGAAUCCUAGAGGAAUUCAAUAUGUUGGAAGCAAAACCACAGAAGUUACCAUUGAGUCCUAGUAUCAAUCUCGAUAAGGAUUCACGGAGACUAUCUCGUGAGGCUCAUUCUCAAUUCCGACACGCUAUUGGUCGAUUAACCUACCUCGCUGGAGGAACUCAACCAGAUAUUCAAAGAACAGUUAAUCGAUUGAGUCAACAUUUAGUUGAACCAAAGGAGAUCCAUCUCAAAGCAAUCAAACAUCUUCCUCACUACCUUCGAGGCACAUAUCGCUACGCAAUUUCAUACUUGAAGGGGAGUAAGGAUAAGAAGCUGCCGGAGGUCCUAUUUGUUGGUCAAGUCGCAAACAGCCAAUUACUGCGACAUCUUCAUCCGAAGCUGAAUAUAUUGCUGCAGCUGAUUCAGCAAAGCAAGCAAUAUGGCUACGUCAUUUUCUAUAUUCAAUUCGGAAAUCAAGAACUUAUGACAAUGGCCCAAUACCUCUGUAUAUUGACAACACCUCAGCAUUAA